CAGAAAAGGAAAAAAUCCCAAAUAUUUCCGGGAAAUAUUUUUCAGACAAAUCCGCGUUGAGAUUCAACAAAUUUGAGUGAGUUUUUUUCAGUUUCUUUUUUGGGGGGUCAGUUACGUUGUCGCUGCGACGUGAGACGAAACCGUCGAACAAAUUCGAGCCGCGCCAUUGUAGUCCCUAGAAGAACUCUCUUCUUCAGUUUAGAUGGGAAGCCCUAACGACGACGCCGCCGCCGCCGAGACGGAUCUUACAACCGAUUCCAUCAGAGACACACGAAGGGACUCUGGUUCUGAUACAGAGUCAAACAACGAUUGCGACGGAGACGACUUGCCUGUUCUUCUUCUUCCUCCUCCUCCUGGUCAAUUCGAAGAAGGAGAGAGAGUCUUAGCCAACCACAGUGAUUGCUUCUACGAAGCCAAGGUUCUUAAAAUUGAAUAUAGAGACGAGGAAUGGAAGUAUUUUGUACAUUACAUUGGUUGGAACAAAAGUUGGGACGAAUGGAUAAGUCUGGACUGUCUGUUGAAACAUACAGAUGAGAAUAUUGAGAAAGAGAAGGAACAGGGUAUGAAGCAAGGAAUCAAGACUGCUACGGCUUGGAAAGUCACAAAGAUGAAACCUAGAAGCCCUAAUGUUGCUAGAGGAAGAAAGCGGAAGCAAGAUUCGGCUGACACGGAGAAGAAUGUGGUUCCUUCUGACAACCUUUUAAAUUUCCAUAUCCCACCAGCAUUAAGGAAACAACUAAUUGACGACUAUGAAUUUGUUACUCAGAUGCACAAGCUUGUGCAACUUCCGCGUUCUCCAAAUGUUGAUGACAUCUUGAAGAAGUACGUUGACAGCCAAAUGAAGAAACAUGGCAGGGUAACUGAUUCAGUAGAGGAAAUUCUGAAAGGUCUGCGCUGCUACUUUGACAAAGCUUUACCGGUGAUGUUGCUUUACAACAAUGAACGGAAGCAAUACGAGGAAACCGUAACAGCGGAUGUUUCUCCCUCAACUGUGUACGGAGCAGAGCAUUUGUUACGACUCUUCGUGAAAUUGCCGGAGUUGCUAAUCCAUGUGAAUAUGGCUGAAGAGACAUUGAAGGAGUUGCAGGACAACCUUGCUGAUAUUCUCAGGUUCUUGAGGAAGAAUCAGAGCUUGUUUUUUGUAUCGGCAUACAAAGCAGUGGAAGAAAUUGAAAAGAAUGAAGAUUAAAAAGAUGAGGUGCGUAAUGACGGACGUGUCAUUGUUGUUGUAAGUACUCUAUGUACAGCGAAUUUUCUUGUUUCUAGUAUAUUUAUUUAUGUAGUGAGAGCUAAAAUCGAACUAGUACUAUUAUUAGGUUCGGUCUGGAUUAUGAAAAAGUAAUUAACGUCGUUAUCGUGUCUGUAUCGGUUCUCUAAAUCCACGAUACCAUUGUAUUAUGAAGAUUUGGCUUUAAAAAAAACCAUUAGUCUGUUGAUUAAAAACCAUUGUAUUAAGAAUU